AUGCUUUCAAAGAGAACAAGAAGAGAAGACUCGUGCGAUCAUUCCGAAUCAGAUGAUCGUUAUUUGCCACCAGUUGGUAAACAACGAAAAAUUAUUUCUGAAACAAAUAGACUAUUGCAUGAAAUAGACUCGGAUGUUUUUAGUGAACACAUAUUAAAAUAUUUGGAUAAUUUGGAAGUGAUUAGAUUUUCAUUGGUAUCGACUAGGUGCCGAGAAAUUUUCAGAAAUUAUCAGGCACGUGUACGUGAAUUUCUAUUCGUGAUGGAAAGAUUUACUGAAGGAGAAACCAGAGUGAUUUUUAGAGAAUGCAAGACAAUUAUUUGUGUAAAUUGUGGAUUUAAAUUUUCAAACAUGUUAAAUUAUGAAUCUAAUGUUGUAAAUAUGUCAAUAUAUGGAGAAAUUGAAGGAGCCAAAGAAGAGUUGAUUACAUUUUUGACCCUUUGUAAAUUUAAUAAUUUGAGAACUUUAGUGUUACAAGCACUGGCAUUAAAUUAUGAAGAUUUUAGACAUAUUUUGGAUAGCAAUUUCAUUGAUCUUUUAAAAAAGAAUUUGAGAUUGUUGGAUGUUAUGAAUAACCGUACUGGUUAUAUUGGCUAUUUAUUCGAUUCCUUUCAUCCAGACUUUAAGAUUGUUGUUGGAAGCUUUAGUUUUUGGGAAUCGGAUAAGAACAAGUACUAUUAUUGUUUUAAUAGACUUCAUUUACAUUCAUAUUUUGACGUUGCAACAUUCUUUUACUCAAACAAAGAUUUCCAAGAUUACAAAAAGGCCUUUCACUUCUUUACACUUGCAAGUGAAAAUGAGCCAAAGGCUUAUGAGUUUAUUGGAUACAUGUAUUACAAGGGAAGAUACGUUGCAAAGGAUUACAAAACAGCCUUUGAGAAUUAUUUAAAGGGAGCUGAAGAUGUUCCUAAUUGCACUCUUAAUGUUGCUAUGGCAUUUGAAAAUGGUCAUGGAGUAGAGAAAGACUGGGUACAGGCCUACGACUAUUAUAGAAAGGCAGCAAAUCAAAAUAAUGUUAGGGCAAUCAAGAAAAUGGCUAGAGGUUAUCAAGAAGGAGUUCCUCUUGUUUUACCACAGGAUUUCAAAACAGCUAUUUAUUAUUACAGAAUCUUAGAGAGAUUUGAAAAAGAAGAAGCUCAUUUUCAAAUUGGACACAUCUAUGAGGUAUGCCUAAAUAACUUCAAAAGUGCUGCAUCAUAUUUUGAGAAACAUUUAAACAAUUCUAACUUUCUCUAUCGAUACACAAGAGUUUCGAAACGGGCUAAAGAUCAAAAUGGAUUUGAGAAGGGCAUGGAAAUUUAUAGAAAAGAAUUUGAGAUACUGAGAGAUUCAGGUAACAAAACUGAUCUAGUUAAGAAGGAGGAUGGACACAAUCAAAUCAAUUUUACUGACCCCAUGCUAGAUACUUUAUACUUUAUUGGAAUAUUGGAUGCAAAUAAUGGACUAUUGCAAUUAUUAUUUGACAAUAUUUCUGAAAAGACAACAGAUAUAAUUACCAAGUUGGGAGAUUUUUAUAGGAGUGAUCAAUUUUUUGCUAAUGGAGAGGAUGCAAAACGGUUUUAUGAGGCAGGUGUUUCAAGAGGUAACAAGAACGCAAUCUUUGGACUUGCAUUCAUGUGCAUAAGUGGAGUGAAAGGCAAAUUCAAAGAUCUGGAGGCUGCCAUCAAGUUUACCUCUCUAUUCCUACAGACAAACGAACAAUCUUACUUAUUCAAAUUGGGUUUAGAGUACUUUUAUGAGAAACAUUACACACAAGCUAUGGAAUGUCUCACUAAAACCAAAGAUACAUAUCCAGAAGCUCAAUAUUAUAUCUCUUAUAUUGAGGGAUAUUAUUUCGAGAAGGGAAAAGGUGGAUACAAACAAAAUGUGUACAGAGCUAUCGAUUAUUACAAAGCAUCUUGCACUCCAAACUUUUUGAUACCUUUCGGAUAUUAUAAAUGUGGAAAGUUGGCAUGUAAACAGAAAUAUCAUGAUUUGGCCUUUACAGUUUUGAAACCUCUCGUUGCACAAUGUCAAGCCAAUCCUAGUUCUCCCUUGUACAUCUAUAUUAUGGCUUGUCUUUAUCAGGGUGGUUACUAUCUCGAUACAAAUCAAAUGGAGGCAAUCAAAUUAUUCGAAACCUCAGCCAAAAUGGGAUACGAAAGAGCUGGAAAAACCUACAAACGAGUUCUCGAAAAACUCAACAACUCCAUCACCUCUAACUAUUUUUAA